AUGCGGCAGCUCCUGAGCUCCCCUGAUGCGGCGCCCCCGCAGGCGGCCGCGUGGCUUGCUAGGCUCGAUGCCUGUGAUCGGGCGAUGCGGCCGAUUGUGUGGGGUUCAAUUGCCUUUACCGCGUCGAAUGACCCCUCCUCCUCGGCCUCCGGAGCGCGUUCGCUCAAGCCGUAUGAUGUCAUCAAUGGGUUGAAAAUCCUAACCCAGAUCGAUUCCGUACACCUGCAAGUGGAGCAACCCAUUCGGACGCUGCUUGGCCUUUUGCCGGUUGUCGUCUCGAUGGCCACGAUGGGUGAGAUAUGUGCGCUGGUGCAAGUCCUUAGCAAGGCUCGUGGACGUGACUCGGGAAACUCGGCAAUAGGGGUUUUGCCUCCCGAUAUUGUGCUGCCGCUGUUUGAAUCCAUCCGAGCCAAACUAUUUUUGAUGGUAGAAUCCCACGGCACGCGGAUGUGGCCGAUGGAGUGCAGCAUACUUUUAUCUGGGCUAUCGCGCUUCGAGUGGAGUAGCGGAAACGAUGCCGGUAUCGAUGGGGGAUUAAGGGCGUCCGUAGGGAACGUGUUCAUUGCUAACGACAUGUUGAACCUUUUCUGUGUCCAUUUCACCGCGGGCGCCGAUUAUGUUGGGGCCCCACAGCUUGUACCCUUUCUUCAGGGCUUAGCACGCCUGAAGUCAACACGCUCGCGGCGCCACAGUGGGAAGUCUGCGGCGAAGGCUGAUACAGACGUUUUGGCUGAGCACUUACCUAUCUUGUCCACGACCUUGGUGAAAUGCGCUGAUAUCGCCACAAGACUCGCAAGGGAUGAUAAGCUUUCUGCACAGGAAGCAGCCCACAUUUUGUCAUUGUUAGUGCAACUUCGUUUUAAGGGCUGCGAAUCUUUUUAUCUAUCUGUAGAGCAGCUACUUGGUUCAGUUUUCAACGACGACCUUCUAGAGGGUAGUAGUGGUAAACAUAGAAGUAUCCAUGCAGCUGUUUUUGACGCUGUUGAUCAACUCAUAGUUUUUUUUCGAAAUCAACGUACGAAAUUUACACUUAAGUCAAACGGUGUGCGUUCCCAUUCUCAUGCUUUGGACUGUGCGUUGAAGUUACGAAGUCGGUUGUAUAAUAGUGUUUUGGGGAGUGUGGCGCAGGCUGAGACUCCAAAGGAGGUCAUCCGUUUACUUAAGUUGCUGUACCCGUCAGUUAACACGCCGACUCCCGUGCAAGGUGAAGUUGAUACGCACUACGUAGGUAAUUCCGUGAUGUCUAGGGCGCCAGGGUAUCUGGAUCUUGAGGAGAUAAAAUUGCUCGCAGAUAGCGAAGCGGACGAUGAAGUAGCGGUGGACUCAAAAGACCUCUUAAAUGGAGAUGAGGAAGGGGCAGUAGGUAUGCCCACAGAUAGGGAUGUAGACCUGGGCACGCUUUACCGAGCUCCUCGCGCACGGCACGCUUUGGAUGGUUCAUUGGAGACGUUUGCGCGGCGAAUCGAGUAUGUGUCCAAGGAGUGCAGUGCUCACGAGCUGGUCGAGCUUUCUAUGGCGGUUGCGCAGCUCUACCGUUCCCACGGAUUGGAGGAGGCAAGUACCUAUCGGACCCUUCAUUAUCUCCUUCAUCGUGCCUCAUCCGUUUCGCUUUCUGUUGCACAAUAUAAGAAGUUGCUGGACGCCCUCCGUAUUGCUAAAAAGGGAGAUACAGUUCCUUUGCACAUUAUGAAGGGCUUUUCUAGUGCACUCGCUGUUGCUACGGCUGGCAACCCACACAGUGAAGGGUGUUGUGUCACGGAGGGGGGUUGCCUUGCGACGUGUGUGUCACUUUCUAUCCUUGAGGCUGUUGCCAUUGGUCGAACUAUAUUGGCAUCAAUCAAACAGCAACUAAAGGAUGUGAAUUCAAUUGCAAAAGGGCCAAGUCACACGGCUGCGCAACAACGAAACGAGAGGAGAAAGGUUUUUAUGGAGAUUGGUAUCUCUUAUACAGGUCAGUGUGCGGCGGCGAUUAAUCGGUUUGUUCUUAACACCUAUCCUGGCCACUUGUCAGGCAGUGCGGAGGAGUUGAUUGUUCUAGGUUACAUUCUUGCACAGCUGUACCGUAUCCUCGCAACGGACCACGCACAAGGUGAUGAGUUUCCACAUAAAUCUGAAGCUGCCGAUGAGGUUAUGGCGGGUGAUCUACCUGGUUAUGAUGAUGGAGAUCUGCGACUCGACCUUGUGGAUGAAAGGGAUGCCAUAUAUGAUCAAAACGAAACGCACUACAGGAAUACAGCGAUGCUGGAGAGAGAUUUUUUCACCUUUAGAAGAGGCAUUGUUGAGAUUUUUAACGCCUUGGGAGAUGCCCUUUGCCCUUUCCUAGAGCGACUACAGCUUCCAAGUGAAGAGGAUGGCAAGGGUUUUGAAGGGAGUCUGCGGAAAGGGGGUAAUUCCAGUACACUCACUGCUGACGCAACGAGCGAUGCGUGUACGAUCGAACCAAAAAAAUACGUGAUGUUGAUGCAGAGCUUCGGCAUCGUCGGUGUGGUUCACUACAACCUGUUAUACAGUCUUCUGCCCCAGAUCCGGCGUCUCGCUCCUUGUAUGGAUCCGUUGGAGCUUUCACUUUUGAUGAGCUAUCUGGCAAGAUCAGGACUCUGUAGUCGACGGAUAUUGGAUUGCCUUGCUACUGAGAUUGGCAGGCACGCCGCCAAGAGCGAGCUACGCCAAUGCCAUGCGAUUCUUCGAAGCAUGCAACGCUCUGGUUUUUUGAGUAAGGAAGCUUUUUUAUGGCCAAAACGUGGACUAGUUCUGAAUGCGGACCAGGAUAUCGACACUUUGGCUACAACACAUAAUGCGAAAUUGAAGAGUUCUCUAGGUAUCUUGGCUAGGGCCGUAGUAGAGCGCUUAGAUUCUUUGAUUGCACAGGAGUCCCAGAUUCACGACGUUGUUCGUUCGUAUUCGUUAGACGACCUUGUGGGUGUGGUGCAUGCCUUGUUUUUUUUUACUGACCCACCUCAGCCAACAUUUGACUCGUAUUAUAUUAUUUCCGCAAAAAAGGUGCUCGUUGAGGCGACACGAUUUUCGAAAGAAGGUAAAGUAGAGCCUAGUGACCAAAGCGUUGACAAGGGCGAAGUGGGGGAACGAAUUUUUCUCAGUAUCGUUUUUCUAGCUUCAUGCACGCAUCUUUUGAGGCGCUCACAUCAUCAAGUUGCCUCUUCAAGGGUGAUUGCUUUUUCCCUGAGAAUGCUUGAUCGCCGCCGCUGCUUGGGAUCGAGCAAUGUGUUACCUAUGAAGCGUGCUUCCAAGAAGACUACGCGCUUACGGGUUGCUCAUACACCCUUUGCCGCGUUCGUGGCAAAGCUUUCGGAUGGAAAACUUGUAGAGCUCCUUCACACGAGUCGAAUUCACUGGUUACUGUAUAAUGUGAAACUUCUGCGUUCAGAAUCCUUUAUUACGGAUAUGUUGCUUAGAAGGCUUGAGAUACGGUACUGCAGCGAGGAAAAUAACAAUUGUCUCUCGGGAUCACUUAAUGGCUUCUAUAAUACACUGGAUCAACUUGCGCGGUGUAAUGUAGUGAUUCCUUUUCAAGGUAGGUCCUUGCGGUUCGCGUGGAGUUUUUUACGUUUCAUUGAUCACCACGUAUUGCGCCCUCUAUUUCGGACGAGCAAUAAUGUGAAUGGGGCACGCUUGUCUCUAAAGGGUAUUAUAACCCUCUGCAAUGUGCAAAACUAUUUCUCAUGUGCGAGUCCGCGGCACAGUAAUUCUCCUAGCCAGGGGGGUCCGGAUGGUAAUGAGAGCCCCUUAGCUGAUUUGUUGAUUCCUGGACUCCGUAAGGCUCUUUUGGAUAGCAUCUCUUCGCCAAGAUCCACCUGCUGCGACGGUUCUCAUGAAGCAAAUACCCCUAUUGCAGACCUUGAAGCAAUGAGGCUGAGUGAUAUUGCAUCUCUUUAUCUUACUCAAACUAUACUUCUUUCUCGCGUUGACGCGCCUGGGAAUGGGAAAAGUGACGAUUUGAAAAUUGAAGUCGAUCUUUUUAUGUCGGUAAGUUCUAUUCUCAUAUCGAGAAUGGAGCUACAGUCCCUAAAAGUCAACAUACGGAGUUGUGUAGACCUUGUUUUGGGGAGUUGUCUUUUGCUAAACAUUGAGCUCUGUGCAGGAUCUACUUAUUUUAAAGAUCACCAGUCUUUUGGUUCUCAUGCCGUAGGUGUCAUGGCGCGGGCUGUAUUAGAGAAAGCGUUGCAAGCAUUAAGCCUGAAAUUAAACCCAAAUUCUCAUAGCAGGAGGCGAUGGGUUUUGUUGGAAAUCUAUCGCCUGAUUUUAGGUUUCGAAUGUGUUUUAGUGCGUGUUGCCCUCGCACCUUUUUGCUCUUCUGCGACAGAGGUGGUAUCAGAGGUUACCGCGUUGGCCUCACUUGAUCCUCCUCCGCAUGCACAUCACCAAAAAGAGAUGACGGCUUUUCGACACGGAGCAGCUGACCACACAAUAAAUGCUCAAGAGGCCUGUGAAAAUGCGCUCUAUCGUGUUCUUAUGACAAUUGCACAGACUUCUCGCGUGGCUGAUGGGUCCUUACUUCGCUUGGGGAAACGCUGCGAGGCGCAUUUGGUUUCCAAGGUUAGAGCAUGUCUGAAUGGCUUAGCUAUUGGGCAAGAAAAAGGUCACACAACUGACUCAAGGAGUGCACAGAGGAUCCUGCAGGUGAUUCGAUGGAUUGAGGAGGCGGACAAUGAUCACCAUUAG